AUGGGACAUCAUCUACUGGAGACCCUGCAGCUGUUCAGACACAUGCACAGACUCAGGUUCGGGUCGACUUCAUCUCCAAACAGUGUUGUCAUGACGACUGUUGUAUUUGCCCUGAGACUGCAGGGAAAUUGUGCAUCUGCUUUAACACUGGAAACCACUCGGACCCUUCAGCUGCUCUGGCCCUUCAGCUGCUCAGGCCCUGCAGCUGCUCUGGCCCUGCAGCUGCUCAGGCCCUGCAGCUGCUCAGGCCCUGCAGCUGCUCAGGCCCUGCAGCUGCUCAGGCCCUGCAGCUGCUCUGGCCCUGCAGCUGCUCAGGCCCUGCAGCUGCUCAGGCCCUGCAGCUGCUCAGGCCCUGCAGCUGCUCAGGCCCUGCAGCUGCUCUGGCCCUGCAGCUGCUCUGGCCCUGCAGCUGCUCUGGCCCUGCAGCUGCUCAGGCCCUGCAGCUGCUCAGGCCCUGCAGCUGCUCUACUCACCAGGGAUCUGUUCAGGACAUCAGGAAAUCACAGCUUCUGCAACCGUUCAGACCCUGCAGCCGUUCAGACCCUGCAGUUGUUCAGACCCUGCAGCCGCUCAGACCCUGCAGCCGUUCAGACCCUGCAGCCGUUCAGAGCCACAGUGACUGAGGAGAGACGUGUUUGA